CCCGUACACGAAACCGAUCACACGUUCGUUUCAUAGGAACAAUGUGAUUUUUCAAAACGAUUACAUAAGCUAAGUCAGCCGCAGGUAAUUUGACAAAACAAAGCGCUUAAAAAGACUACCAUAAUGUACCGUUUUGCGUUCCUCGCCUUCGUGGCUUCAGUCUCCGCUUACGUCUUACUCGACUCCAAGUGUCCUGAGGUUACAAACGUUGACAACUUCAAUUUUGAGUCCUACAGUAGUGGCGUAUGGUAUGAAGCCGCGAGAUACUAUGAUGACGUUGUCAAGGACGGCAAAUGUGGUGUCCUUAAAUACACUCAGGACGGUGAUGUCAAGAAAGUUAAGUACACCUUUGUCAAAAACAAUAAACUUAUGAGUAUCGAGGGUACUGUCAAGCUCGCCAACGACGCUGGAAUCACUGGAAAAUUGAUCCACAGCCUUCCUUACGGAGCUAAUGGCACGGUUAUUGACAGUGAGCUGAAUAUCUUGGCUGUUGACUACGAUAACUUCUUCAUCUGUUAUUACUGUCAAUUCGAUGAUGCCAAGAAGAGCUACCGAGAAUCCGCUUGGAUCCUUUCAAGAUCUCAGCCUUUAUCUGAAGAGGUCGAGGCUAAAAUCAACAAGUUUGUGAAGGAUUCCAAGUUUUUGAAUGCUGACAAAUUUGUGUGGCCUCGAUUCAGUGAGGAGGACUGCAGGGUCGAAGCUUAAAUACAGACUAAAUAAAAGCGGCUAAGUCAGCGGCAGGCGAUCAGACGAAACAAAGCGCUUCAAGAGAAUACUAAAAUGUACCGUUUAGCUUCCCUCAUCUUCGUGGCUUCAGCCUCCGCCUACAUCACUCGUGAUUCUGAGUGUCCUAAGUUCUCAAGCGUUGAAAACUUCAAUUUUGAGUCUUUUAGCGAAGGCGCUUGGUACGAAAUCGCGAGGUACUUUGGUGAUUUUGUGAAGGACGGCAAAUGUGGUACUCUUCAAUACAAACAGGACGGCGAUGUCAAGAAAUUUAAAUACACCUUUGUCAACAACAACAAACUUAUGACUAUCGAGGGUACUGCCAAGCUCGCCGACGACACUGGAACCACUGGAAAAUUGAUCCACACUCUGCCUUACGGAGUUAACGGCACUGUUGCUGAUGGUGAGCUGAACAUCCUGACUGUUGACUACGACAACUUCUCUAUCAGUUACCACUGUUAUUUCGACGAAGUUAAGAAAAGCUACCAAGAAUCCGCUUGGAUCUUCUCAAGAUCUAAGACCGUAUCUGAAGAGACGAAGGCUAUAGUAGACAAGUUUGUGAAGGACUCCAAGUUUCUGAAUGCUGACAAAUUUGUUUGGCCUUCAGUCAGCGACGAGGACUGCCGGGUCAACCCUUAAAUGCAC